AGCAGAAUAAAAAGACAAGCCUGUGCAUCGAGGUGGGUUUCAGUGCAGUCAUCAUCACAUCAAAGACAGAGAAAAGAAGAAAUGUUCUGCCCAACGCGUUUCAUUGUUUCUAUCUCCUGUCUGGUCCUCCUCCUUAUCGUCCAGUCAAGUCAUGGCUCUGAGAUUAUUGGUGGGACAGAAGUGGAGCCCCACUCAAUGCCCUUCAUGGCUCUGCUGAUGAACAAAUUCAUGUGUGGAGGGACACUGAUCAGUCCAAAAUGGGUCCUGACUGCUGCCCACUGUCCUCACUUUAAAGAGGUGUUGCUGGGGGUGCACAAUAUCAAAGAAAAAGAAAAAGACUCUCGGCAGGUCCUCAAAGUUGAGCGCCAAAUUCCUCAUCCUUGCUAUGAUGCAGCAGAUAAGGUCAAUGACCUAAUGUUGCUCAAGCUUAAAAAAUCAGCGAAGCAAACCAAGACAGUAAAAUGGCUCCAGUUGGGUAAUACUGUCAGAGAGCCGGCAGCUGGGGCCCGCUGUCUGGUGGCUGGUUGGGGGAAAACAAAUAACAAGGGGGGUAUAUCAAACACCCUGAUGUCUGUCAAUGUGACUGUGAUCGACAGAACGAAGUGCAACUCGCAUGACUAUUAUAACCUUAAGCCUGUUAUCACCAGAAGCAUGAUAUGCGCUGGUUCAGAUGGGAAAAAAAGCGCUGACACCUGUCAGGGGGAUUCAGGAGGCCCGCUGUUGUGCAAUGGAGCUCUAGUCGGAGUCACUUCUUUCGGGCGUGACUGUGGCUUGAUUAAAAAGCCCGGAGUUUACUCUUUCCUCUCAGAAAAACAACUCAUCUGGAUCAAAAGUACUAUGAAGAAGUAUGAAAUAUAAUGAGUCCUCCAUGUUAAUUACUAUGUAUUCAUGAGCCACUUUGAUGACUUUAUCUUAAUUAUAUUGUACUGGUAAAGUUUUUAUGUCUUGUUUAUUUCCUUUUUGUUGAUUAUGCAAGAGCAAAAGUCGAGAGAUGCAUUAAACUUAGUGUUUGAUUGCUGUGUUGUAAGCUGGGAUAUUUUGCAUGUCUGGCUGACGGGCCUACAGUAAUAACAAUCGCAAUAAUCGCAUUUUGGAAUUUUACUUUGCUGCUUAAAAAAUAUGUGCAUGUAUUUAAAAAUCUAUAUCUAUUUUUUUUUAACAAAUACUUUCUGCUAAGAGCAAAAGCACCGCCAGGUGUAAAAAUUAGACCAAAAAAAAAAGUGAUUUCUUUCUUUCUUUGUGUUUGUACUAUACAACAAACUCAUAAUGUGCUGUCAGUUCAGUAGCUUGUGUUUCAGUUCUCUGGUUUCAAGUUGUGUGAGAUCAGCAUUCAGAUUAAAACCUUUUGAUGUCUCA